UGGACAUUCCGGGAUAACGAUCUGUACACCGAGAUAAUACCUCAAUUGGCGUUUGGUACAAUCAUGCUUUUAAUUGGACUGCUGGGUGUUCGAUCGCACUGGAGGUUCACGGGAUUAUUGAAUAAAACCAGGAAAAGCACAGUCUCAAAAAUACACAUCGUCACAAAAUUGGAGUAUUUUAGGCCGAUCGAUAAUAUCGAUAAUGAUAACACAGGAAAUGAAUCAGUACUUGUCAUUACGGAAAACGAGUUGAAUUCAAAAGGCGUUUCCUCCUCGGCCACCAGUAAAACGGCGAGAAGUAACUUUUUAGAACCGCCGAGCAAGCGGUGGUCGAAAUACAUUCCGGUCACUGAGAACAGUCCUUGGUCAUCUCGGAAUUCAUCUCGAAAUGAAUGUCAGAGUUGGUAUGUGGAUGUACAAGAGGACGUGAGCCGUCCAGUGAAUUCCAAACAAGUCUACGAAUCUAUACCCAUGGACGUAUUCACUCCCCCGCUCACACCACCUUCACCUUAUAGACCUCAUUCGACACGUGAUAUCGAAGGGUCCUCGUCGCCGUCGUUUCACUUCCCAUCCAAUACCUUGCUGCCGAAUCCUGAUUUCCUCGUUCUCACCUCCACCUCACAAUCUCCAUCACCCAGGAUUAGGAAGUAG